AUGGGAGCAGACCCAAGGCUGCUACCAGCAGGAGGCUUUUCAGUGAUGUACUUUGCUAUCUUUCAUCACGAUUUGAUCCUCGUUGACAUGUUGAUUAAAGCGGGCGUCAACUUAAACUUACUGAUUGAGGAACUUCAGAAUACGGAUCUUGAGUUUCUGGGAGAUAGUUCCAAGUCCCUAGUGAGCCCAGUCAUUACUCCCAUCCAGUUGGCAGUAUUUCUGGACGAUGCCGAAAUUGUCAAUCGGCUGAUUGAGGGCGGCGCAAUGCUGGACAAAUAUAUCGAGCCAGAAGUUCUCGAGAGCAUGGGACAAACCCUGGAAUCUUGGAUGUUGUGGACACCGCUGCAGAUAUCGGCCGAGAAGUGCUUGGAAAAAAUCACCAAAUCUUACUAG